GAAGUUGCGUGAAAACGGAGGCUGUGUGCGGGAUGCAAAGAUGAAACAAUUAGACCCAUUGGUGGAUCUGAAUUUGGGGAAGGCCCCUGAUGAGGCCUUUGUUCCUGGAGAGUUUCCAGGCUGCCUAGCAUCGGAACAGAUCAAACGAGAUCCUGAAGGAGGACAGGCCAAGCAUCGGGAAGGCCAGGGGCAGGAAUCCCUAAUGGCAAGGCGGCUCCCUCAUUCAGUUGGUGGACAGAGGAAUUCUGACCUCUGGGACGAUUCCAAGACCUUUCUGAUCUCCUUCGAACAAGUCGCUGAGGCUUGCCAGUGGCCUAAAGCCGAAUGGACGGCCCGGCUCCUGCCGGCACUGAGCGGACAAGCCAGAGAAGCCUUUAAUGGCCUAGAAACCGGAGACCAAGAGGAUUAUGGGAAAGUCAAGGCUGCCAUCUUGCGAGAGGCAGCUUUCAAAAUGGAGGCCCAGCGCCAGCACUUUCGCCGGUUCCGCUACCAGGAGGUUGAAGAUCCUCGGAGGGUUUACGGCCACCUCCGGGAGCUUUGCCACCAGUGGCUGAAGCCAGAGAGACGCACCAAGGAGCAGAUCGUGGAGCUGCUGAUCCUGGAGCAGUUCCUGGCCAUCCUUCCCGCAGAGAUCCAGAGCUGGGUCCGGGAGUGUGACCCAGAGAAUUGGGUCCAGACUACAGAUCUGGCGGAGGAGUUCCUGAUGAGUCAACCGGAGGCCAAGUCAUGGAAACGGCAGGUGCCAGUAUCUCCCAAAGAUAGGAUAGGAGAUGCACGCAAUCUUGUAAGGGAAGUGCCGUUUGUGGAAAAUGAAGAGCACAUUCUGAAGGAUUGGAGAUCAACACAUCCAGAUGAUGAGAACAGCCCCUGUAACCAUCCAGUAUCUCUGCCUAAGGGACAAGACAUUGUUGAAACUGGACCAACUGAGGAAUCGGUGGAUCUUGAGCUGGCUGUGCAUUUCACUGAGGAAGAAAGCUCCUUGCUGGACCCAGCCCCCAAAGCUUUUUACAAAGAGAUCCUGCAAGACGGUCGUGAAAAGGGAACAUCUUUGG